AUGGAAAGCGAUAGUUUCUCAAAGAGACGAGAACUUUUCGCGAAUGAAGAUUUCGAGAAAACGAUACAAAAUAUCAUUUGCAGUCCAAGAAAAGGAAAACAUUAUCCGCCAGACGAUAUUAGUGUCUAUGAUGUGACUGAGAAGCAGAAGAGCUAUUAUAGAAAAUGUUUUCUGCAUUUGAUGAAGCAAACACAGAAUUCCUCUUCUUUGAGCGGAGCGCUGCAUGGAAGCGACGCGAAAAUUGUGGACUUUUUUCGGAAAUCCGGUCUGAAUGAUGAAGAGCUUUCAAGAAUUUGGUCCCUUUCUGACGUGAAUGAAGACGGUUGGUUAGAUCUGGCCGAGUUCUGCACGGCGAUGCACCUCAUUGUGCUCAGGGUCAAGGGUGAGCUCCCGAUUCCACCCGUACUCCCGCCUGUGCUCAAACCGCCAAUGACCGCUCCGCGAACGCAAUCACAAAUCUCAUCCGAAAGCUCUCGUCCAUCCGCUGAAUCACAAUUGACUGGCACGACGGUGAAACCAGUGGAGAAUCUAUUCGAAGAGAAAACAGAAGUGGUUAAUGGACGAAUGCCGGUCACGUCAAGAUCUGAGGAACAGAUUCACAAAGACAAAGAACCAACUCUCGCCAAAUUCUCAGAUGUGCCUCCAUUGUUGGUCGAUGGAAGACCGACAGCGAUCAAGCCUUUACCCAUCAAUUCACUUCCAGAAGCUGUACUUUCACUGAAGAGUCCACAAGGUCCCCCGCCAGUUCCACCACCUCGUCCGACUCGCGGUCAUAUGCGAAGUGCGAGUCUUGAUCUGAAACAACUCGCCAUUCAACAACAGCAGACAACUAAUGGUCUAGCUGAUCCAUUUCGUGGUCCAGCCUCGGCUCGUCACAUGUCAAUCCCAUCAAAUGGAACAAUUGCACCACCAGUGCCUUUGAGAUCUGAUGUUUUUGCCGUUCUCCCACCACCGAAAUCUCUCGAUUCACCAGUCUUCAAAACACCCAGCCUUCCGCCUGAACACUUCAAUUUUUCUAGCAAACCUAGUCCCCCUUCUAAAGAGUUGAAAGAGGCUGUGACACAAACGGAAAAUGAAUGGAUCGACCCAAAUACUGUCGAGAAAUUCAUUAACAAUUUCGGCUCACAAAUCCAAGGGUUGAUGGUCGACGAGGAGAUGGCUGAAACGGGUGAAGGACCAUUGGUGAAUCGGUGGACAAAUCGGGUACAAGGUCUUCGCAAGCAAAACGCGGAUUUGGAGCGAGAGCGGGCUCGUUUGGCUCAGAUUCGUAUGCAACUCGAGCUUCGACUUCAAGAGGUGUCAAACUUGCCGGGUACUUCAUCGGCAAAGACGGCGUUAACAGCUGCACUCUCGUCGAAACCGACUCAACUU